AUGCAGAACCUGAUGGAUGUCAGAAACUACCGUAACCUCAUGGACAAGUUGUCCAUCUGUACUGAGACUCAGCACGUACAGCUGGCUAGGCCUUCAUGUGCCAACCCAAAAGUUGCAUUCCAUGUGUACCCAGAAACACCAAACCAGUUCUCUUGCUCUGAAGAUCUGUCAUUCCUUCCUUUUAUGUCUGAGCAUCUGAUAGUGGAGAACUUCUACAGUGAGCCCUGCACCUUUCCCUACCAGAUGCCCCAUUCCAGUUACCGCAGAAGUGAGUACUCCUACGGGCCAGCUUUCAUCAGGAAGAGGAAUGAGAGGGAAAGGCACAGGGUUAAAUGUGUCAAUGAAGGUUAUGCUAAACUGAGGCAUCACCUACCUAAGGAAUACUUGGAGAAACGGCUCAGCAAAGUAGAGACACUUCGUGCUGCAAUAAAAUACAUCAGCUACCUACAGUCUGUGCUGUACAGUGAUUCUGUGGUGGCAGAAGAAAAUGUCAUGGAGACAAGCCAAGCACCUAAAGCAAUUAACAAACAAAAUCAGUUUAUGAAAGCGAUCUAA